UGGUAAAAAUGUCACAAUUGGGUGGAGAAACUGUACCAAAACUUGUAAGGAAUAUAAUGUUUCAAAUUUUUGGAUAUGAACUUGCACAGGCAUACUCAUGGACGGGACAAAAGAAGAAUAAAUCAGCAUUCAGAAAAUCAAAAUUAGCCGAUACAAUAAUUGCCAUUGUUUUAAAAAAAGAUUCAAAUACCAUGGUAACUGAAGUAGAGGGAUGUAUGCAAGAGUGGUUGCGAUCUGGUGACAGAUUACGAAUACUAUAG